CCUUGGCGCGAUUUUUUUAGAUUGGCGAUAAAUCUUUCUAUAUGGCAACCCCCAUCCGACCGACAACUAAUUAUAAUAGGGUAAUUGCAUUAACCCUAUUGGUCAACUGGUCAACUGAAUGUCCAGACGCCAUUAUUUAAUUUUCGUUUGACCACGUUGCACGUGUGCUUUUUCAAUCUUCAGCUCCCGCGUUCUUUUAUUUGGAUUUUUUUGUGAUGGCUGCUGCAUGGGGAAUGUCUGAGGUAAGUGCGAGAAUGUUUGGUGAGAAUGAUGUUAUGUGGUAUGAUGAGAAUGUUAAUUUAAGAUAUUUGUAUGGACUAGAUAAAGGUAAGGAGACGUUUGAAUUUUGUAUGAAAGCGGGUUUGAUUGCGAAUAAAUAUGAGUGUUGUAAGUGUGGCAAGGACAUGAAAUUGGUUGAAAGGCAUGAUAUAAGUGAUGGUUUUGAAUGGAGGUGUAAAUCAAAGGUGAAAGGACAAAUGCAUGACGUCAAAAGGAGUGUGAGAAAGGGUUCUUUUUUUGAAUUGAGUAGAAUGACAUUGAAUGAGAUUUUAGUUCAGGUAUAUUUGUGGGUGACUCAGAGUAAGGUUGAUUUCAAUAUGAAAGAAAGUAAAUGUUCUUCUAAGACUGUGUGUGACUAUCGUUCUUAUUGUCGUGAGGUUUGUGUGGUAGAGAUGAUUGAAAGUAGUAUGAAAGUGGGUGGAAGCGGCGUGACUGUUGAGGUAGAUGAAAGUAAAUUUGGAAAACGUAAAUUUAAUCGGGGAAAACGUGUGGAAGGUAAAUGGGUGUUUGGGGGAGUUGAGCGCGAGACGGGCAAAUGUUUUAUGAAAGUUGUGGAUGAUAGGACGACUGAUUCUUUAUUAAGUGUUAUAAAUGAGUAUAUUCUUCCGGGUUCGAUAAUAAUUUCAGACUGCUGGAAGAGCUACGAUUGCCUUUCUAAUGAAGGCUUCGUGCAUCUGAAGGUUAACCAUAGUGUGAAUUUCAAGGACCCGGAUACAGGUGCCCACACUAAUACCAUUGAAGGAACGUGGGGGGCAGUAAAACGCGCUAUACCAGCUAGCAAAGCAAAAACACAGCUCGAUUACUAUCUAGCCGAGUAUGUGUGGCGCAAAAAAAACAGGCACAUGUGUAACAAGUUCAUGGCCUUUGUCGACUCCAUCAUCCGCAUUUACCCUCCUCAAAGAGCCGACAAGGAGCCGGAAGACGGAACAUCGUCAUCAAAGUAA